AUGGACCAGAUGAAUCAUAGUGAUCCAGCGUGUCCCUUUUGUCCAUUUUCUGAUCCGGACAUUAGCCGUGUUGUAGAGCAUGUGGAUGUUUAUCACCCUGAAGUGGAUACUCAGGCUGGACAUAGCAGACGGCCGGCAAAUGCACCUUCAACUGGAACAGGAGAAUGUCCAGGGGAUUAUGCCGAGUGUCCGCACGGCUGUGGGGAAAUAGUACUCAAUACUGAACUCGCCGCCCACCUCGACUUGCAUUUUGCGGAAACAGUUGCCUUUGAAGACAUAUCUUCACACCAGCCAGAGUUGCCUGUUGACGUGGAGAGUCCAGUGUCAAGCCACGAUGCAGAGAGACGGGAACGGUUGAAAGAGCGCACUCCCGGGCUGCUACCCAAUGAAGAUAGAACGCCCUCGCCGUGGUCAUUGGUCGGCGGCACAAAUACACCGCACAGAGAGACAGCUAAGCGGCUUGGACGUACGGAGUUAGGGCCUCAUGCUCACGAAAAGCAGAUGCCAUCAUGGCUGCGAAGAAUGUUAGAGAGGGGUUCUAUGUCAAUCUUCACAAACACAAUUGCCUCAGACGGCACGCUUCGGAGGCGCGAAGCUGUCGAAAACGAGACGCGCGAUGUCAUCCCGGUGCUCGCUCGGUUGUGUGAGCAGGACAAAUCCGUCCAACGUGCUUUUUUCUGCAGCCCAAAGGUCCAUCAGAUCUCCAAGAUCCCCAAAGAAGGAGGAUUUUGCGGCUAUAGGAACAUCCAAAUGCUAAUCACCUUUUUGAAAGAAACCCAACUUCCGGGGCAUGAGCGCUUCCCAACGGAACUACCCACGAUCUUCCAACUACAAGAUAUGAUCGAAGAUGCGUGGGACAAGGGUUUCAAUAGUGUAGGGAGGGUCGAAACAGGAGGUAUCCGAGGAACUAGGAAGUACAUUGGCACGCCAGAGGCACAAGCCCUGUUCUCGAGUCUCGGCAUACAGUGCGAAGCAAACAGCAUUGGUGCCUCGAAGGAAGUGCGUGCACAUGACGCAUUAUAUAUGAAUGUUGCGGCUUAUUUUCGAGAAUCAUGUGCUUUGGAGGAAGGGAAAAAAGUCAUGCAGACGAACUUGCCCCCCAUUUACUUCCAGCACCAGGGACAUUCCAUGACCAUUAUCGGCUUCGAAAUACGUGACGGUGGUAGCGCAGACAUACUAGUUUUCGAUCCUAUGUUCCGAACACCCCCAGCAGUGAAGCGCCUUAGGGGGGCACAAGCACUGACGUCGGACCCUGCACGCGUAUUGAAGGCAUACAGACGAGGCACAGCAUAUUUGCAGAAGUACAAGGCAUUUGAGCUUCUAAAGUAA